UCCGAGAAGGUGAUGCGGAGCAGUCUCACCAGUCAGAGCAGCGGCAGAGGGAGUGUCUCCUUUCUCAGGCCCCCCUCAUUGGCUCAGUCUGUGGGGGGCAGCUACCUCAAUUCACCGUUGGGUGAAACAUCUAGCUGGUACAGCGGAGGGGGGUCCCAGGGCUCCAGCGCAGAGGAUUAUCGGCACAGAAAGGACUCCUUGUUGGCCACUAUAAGCAAUAGGAACACAUCCGUGGACGAGAAUUACGAAUGGGACUCGGAGUUCACCCUGGAAGCCGACCUCAUGGAUGCCCUUUCAGGUGUACCGCGGCGGUAAUGGCGGCCAGCCCCUCUCCACCGUGGCUGCGGGCGAAGUGGAAAGACAAAGUUUGAAGCUUCCUUCUUGGAGGCAGAUCCAUGCCCGGCUGGCUCGGGAGCACUGGACGACCUGGAUACCCGUUUCCCGCAGGCUUUGUCCAGCCCGGAAGAGCGCUGCGCAGCACUGAAGGAGGAGUUUUUGGAGUACCAGAGACGCAGACGAGCGGCUCAAAAACUGAACAGAAAGAGCAAAGACUUUGAAGAAUGUUACGAACAAGCCACACUACUCUGA